CGAGCACUUCGACCUGUACAACGCUGUGCAACCGACUACAACCUCCGCAAUCAUCUAAGCCUACUUAUACAUUCACAUUCCGCAUACGCGGGUGGGCCGAACCCUGUUUCGAAGAGCUAGUCUUGACCCACUUUACGCCAUGUUCGAAAUGCAGGCGGAGAAACUACACGCCGCAUGUGAUGAGUGCCGGAUGAGAAAGUUGAAGUGCUCCGGUGAAAUGCCAGCAUGCAGCCGCUGCGAGCGGGAAAAGAUAAACUGCGUUUAUUCACCCCAAAAGCCCAUGGGUAGGCCUAGAAAGAGAAGGCGAGAAGAUGCAGGUUCUGAACAGACAACAUCAUCGGGAGAUCAGGCUGAAUCUAGCACGACGUCAGACACGAGCUAUGGGGUGCCGCAUUUCACGGAUAUGGGACUGAUCUCCCCACCUGAUCUGAAUGACCUCGACUUCUCUGGAUUCGCAGAUUUUGGGACUGGCGGCGAUGUGGCCUUGAAUACUCUUGCGCAUCCACUCGGCGCUGACGCUGGAUUGGUAAACGGAUUUGGACAUGGGCAUAGCUCGAAUUUAGAUUUCGGCAUAUCCCCCAUCGACCCCUCCCUCUGGAACACCCAACUAGCCCCCACUUCACUCUCCCCGCCACCACCCACCGAACCCGACAUCGGCCCCUGCUCCUGCCUCUCCCUCAUGUACCUCACGCUCUCAGAUCUCCAAUCCAUGCCCAGCUUCUCCUUCCCCGCCGUAAUCCCGCGCCUCCGGUCCGCCAUGGACACGGCAUCAGCCAUAAUCCACUGCCCCAAGUGCCCGAAAGAAAACUUCACCGCAAUCCAAAACGUGCAGUCGCUCUCCGCACUCCUCACCGCUCUCGGCGAGCGCUUCCACAGAGUGCUGACCGAGAUCGACGCUGAAGCCGCGAGGCUAGAAGAAACCGGGCAGAAGAAGCCGUUUAGAAUCGGUGAUAAUAGCGCUGAGAAUGCGCAUCUGCAUACGGGCACGCUGAAUUGUCCGAUGGGAUUCGAUAUCCAGCUUGAGGGGAAGGAUUGGAAGAAGUUGGCGAAGCAGGCGCUGCGGACGGAGGUGCUGGGUGGAGGGUGUAAUAAGCGACCGCUUGUGUGGUUGCUAGAAGAGAUGGAGAAGAGACAGAAGAGGUGGCAUGAGGAUCACGAUUCGAAUCGAGAGGAGCGGGAGCGGAUGUGGGGCUCGCACGACGAGUGUCAUAAUAAGGGGGAAGAGGCGACAUGCUUGAAGAUGAUCAAGCAAAUACGGACUAUGAUUGGUCGUAUGAAGUGGGAUUAGAGACUGCGCGUAUGAAAUGAAGAUUAUAUUUCAGAGC